AUGAUUGUUAUACUUCUGGUGAAUAACAUGAUUUUAAUGCCUGGGUUAAUUGUCAUUGGUCAGGCCAAACCAGAGACUGUGGAUAAGGUGUGCGAAAUAGCAAGGAAACAACUAGCUUUGUCAAGUGACGAACCUGUCACUGGGGCAUCAAAAUUUUCUGAUCUUGGAGCUGAUUCUCUUGAUACGGUUGAGAUUGUGAUGGGAAUCGAGGAAGAAUUUGGAGUCACAAUAAAAGAGGACAAUGCCCAAAACAUCACAACUGUUCAGGAUGCCGCCGAUCUUAUUGAGAAGCUCUGCCGUGCUAAAGGUGCCUAGAAACAAGGACCUAAGUUGCAGGUUCAUUCACCACUGCCCCCCCAUGUUUGAUCUCUGAGAGCAUUUAAAAAUCUUGGUGUGAACUCCUUAUGUUGUUGGAAUUUUAAGUUAAAUUUGUCGAUUUAACUUUUUGUGUGGUAAAUCAAGGAAAUACUAUUCCUGUUGCCGUUCUAUUGUUAUUAAUGUGACCUAAUUUUAUGACAUAUAUGCCCAAAUCAAAUGCUUU